UCCUGGCGGAUUAUGUAAGCAUCAUGGGGUGAUCCAAAACGGCACCGGUUUUGUUUCAUCUUCUGAUUCCCUCAAUCGAGUCAAGGGAAAGACGGUAUCGAAACGAAAAAGAUGGACGAGUCAAAGAAUCCCUUGUUGAUUGUCUCGGUGACACUUGCAGUGCUCCUCGUGGCCAGAUGGAUAAUCCGAACGCGAACCAUGGAUGGACCCACCAAGAAGCCUCUGUACCGCGUGGACCAUAGCGUGCUGAACAUACCCUUACCACUCCAAUCCUUGUGGAUGAACAUGGGAUAUUGGAAGGACACGGACGAUUUCCCAACCGCAUGCCGUGCUCUCCUCGAACAAGUCUUGAAGCAUGCCCACAUCCUCCCCGACGAAGUCUCGGAAAAAUCAACCAACCCCAACGGAAAUCAAUCUCUGAGCAUCAUAGACCUAGGCUAUGGCUGCGGAGACCAAAGCCUCUACAUCCGGGAUACCUUCAGCCAAUCCGCCCAAAACGACCCCCAAAACACCAAACAAACCCACCUAAAAGCCUACAUCGGCCUGACCCUAGAGCCCUCACACUUUGCCACCGCGCAGAAAAGGCUGGAUUCCACGACUUUAUCCACACCUCACACGGCCCCCUUCACCAUCUUCUGCGCCGACGCCGCAAACCCCUCAUCCUGGACCCCCCAAAUCCACACCGCCAUCUCCCACGCGUCCCAACCCCCCAACGACCCAGCGCAUCCCCACCAUCUCUGGAUCCUCGCCCUAGACACCCUCUACCACUUCCAACCAUCCCGUUGGCCCGUCCUCCACUACGCAAGCACCACCCUAAACGCAUCCCUCAUGGCGUUCGACCUCUGCACCGCUGACACCCUUUCCCUCUGGCAGCGCAUCGUCAUCAGGUUCCUCACCUUCAUGGGUCAAAGCCCUGCCGCGAAUUGGGUCACCGUCUCCGAGUACCGCGAUCGUCUCGUUGAAGCAGGGUACGCGAGGGAUAAGAUCGCGAUCCACGAUAUCUCGGAAUUCGUGUUUGGGCCUCUGCAUGGGUUUAUGGAGAAGAGGGGGAGAGAGUUGGAGGAGCUGGGCAUGUCGAUUGGGAGGUUUCGGUAUGCGGGGGGGAUGUUUGGGUGGUGGGGGAGGUCGGGGGUUGUUAGGGCGUGUGUUGUUGUUGCGAGGAAGUAGGUUGAGGUGUUGGGAGUUGAUUGGCAUUUCUUAGGGACGUGUUUGGUUGGUGUAAGCGUGGUAUAUAUACCUGCUAUUAUUACACACUUGUGAACUUUGUUAUUCUCGUCGUUCAUUCCUGAGAAUCUGUAAAUUGGCCACGACAAGUUUAGCCACAGAACAGUGGCCAAUGCGGUACGUAGCCCUCCGCUUCUACCACGAAGUCCAAACAUCAAAGCACGC